AUGUUAAAAUACUGUCUAUGUAUAUUUACAUGUGGGUGUUAUCCUGGACCCCAGGCUAAUAAUGGUCUCAAUGGUGAUGACUAUGAUACUAUGCUGUUAGAUAAUGAGAAACAGGCUGUAGAAAAUCUUCUUAGUUAUCUAGAAUCUAAUUCUAGUGUGACCAAGUUAACUGAGGAACAUAUCAGAGCUCUGACAAUUCUAACAUUCUCUGACAAUGAGGAACUCCAGAGAUCAGCAGCACUGUGUUAUACAGAAAUAGCUGAUAGAGUAAAAACACCACUAACCCAGUCUCUAGCUCUUCCUCUGGUUGAGUUACUAGGCUCUAGUGAUAUUCAGGUUCAGAAAAUAACCACCCUGGCUAUGAGUAACUUUAUAUUGAAUGGACCAGAGAAUAAGGAAGUACUAGUAAACAGUGGAGCUCUGUUGCCACUGAUAUUACUGUUAAAUUCACGAAAUACAGAGGUACAGUGUAAUACUUGUGGCUGUCUCACUACCCUGGCCACAACAGAUUCAACAAAGAAAACUAUAGCAACAGAGAAUGGUAUCAUACCAUUACUACGUUUACUUAAUUCUAGUGAUGUCAGAGUACAACGUAAUGCAGCUGGCGCAGUUCUUAAUCUUACUCAUUUAGAAUCAAACAGAGCUGAGUUAGUAGACAAGGGGGCGUUACCAAUACUGAUACUAUUAUUAUCAUCCAAUGAUGAAGAAGUACAGUAUUACAGUGCCGCAGCUCUCAGUAAUAUUGCUGUCAAUGAUAUACAUCGUAUUAUGAUGGUUGCUAUUGGUAACCAUGACAUAAUUCGCGAUCUCAUCAAAUUAUUAGCGUGCAGAAGAGAAAAGGUAAAAUGUCAAGCAAGUUAUGCUUUAAGAAAUCUCGCUUCAGACGGAGACAACCAGAUUUGGAUGGUGAGAUUUGGGGUUUUGGAUCCCUUAAUGAAAGUCAUUCGUAAUUCUAGCCGAGAAACACUAGGAGCAGCAGUUGGGUGUCUUCGUAAUCUCUCAAUACUGAAGGCUAACGAGGCAACUAUAGUCAAACAGGGAUUCCUGGCAGACUUGUGUUAUAUUUUAAAGACUGGUACCAAUAUUGAGGCUCAGCGCCACUCGGCUGGUAUUUUACGUAAUUUAGUGGUGGGAGAUCAAACGCAAGUAUGUAUUAAUCUGAAUUUACAAUCAUUGAUUAGCAUAACUUCGUCUUAA